AUGGAUGGAUGGGCGGCUGAAGCACCGGCGUGCGUGCACGUUUUGGCACUCGCAUGGUCUGGCCGGACGCGUGUUCGCAAGGCUGGUCAUGACGUCGCCAUGGAGACGGUGUGCAACAGACAGCUGGGGGUGGAGCUGCUUCUCGAUGGCUGGGGGCUGGAGGAUUUGCAUGAUAAUGGGGCCAUUCUGUACAAGUCUGGGAGGGAGCCGAGUUCGGUGGCUGAGGUUGAGUGA